GCUCACCAGAUGGUACCCCUGGUAUAAGGUUUUCCUGGGCUUCACCUGCGCUAUCUUCAUUUACUAUGCUAUACUUAUGUGCCUCACCCUGCUUCAUGUCACCCACGGUCAUCAGCUGUACGUCUACCCCGUCCAUCUCAUCCUCAGCCUCAUCACCCUGGCCUGCUGUGUGGCCGCCACUGUCAUGUUUGAUAGGCUGUGGCGUUCAGAAUGGACAGUACUGAAGUUAUCGCUACAGAUCACUGGCCCAUUUCUUCAUAUUGGAGCUGUAAUAUUGAUGACUCUGAUGACAUGGAUCAUUGCUGGCAACUGGCUGCAGCUCUCUCAUAAAGCUUCUCCCUCUUUUCACACCUGGACAGUGCUGAAGACAGCGUGGUUGUGUGUGUACAUUGGGGUGAUGACAGUAUUAUACCUGUGUCCUCUGGUCAUCAACUCCCCCUGUGUGGUUACAGUCACAGAUCUCCCACCCAAGCCUGAGGUCAUAGGUCAUAGAGGGGCACCCGCUGUGGCUCCAGAAAACACAAUCCUCUCCUUCCAAUCUGCAGCUAGUCGUAACGUGUGGGCAUUCGAAAGUGAUGUGAGAAUAAGUUUUGACGGAGUCCCGUUCCUGCUCCAUGAUAGCUCACUGAGACGGACCACAAACAUAUCCUCAGCUGCCUCCAAAUACGCGGACGUCAGUGCCUGCUGGUUUAAUAUAUCUGAGAUUAAGGUCUUUGAUGCAGGCUCAUGGUAUUUGACUGAUGACCCCUAUGGUACAGUCAGUUAUCUGUCUGAGGCACAGCGACAGGCCAUCUCUCGGCAGAAAGUCCCAACCUUUGCAGAAAUGCUACAGUUGGCCAUAUUGGAGGAUAGAUAUGUGAUAUUUGAUCUGUUUACACCUCCAGUGAAGCAUCCUUAUCAUAACACAUCAGAGGAGAUUGUGGUGGAGACAAUUCUGCGAUCAGGGAUUGAUCAGAAGAAGAUCUUGUGGUUACGAAGGAAUAUUCCCAGGGGAGCAGAAAACUUCACCCAUACUUCAGGUGAAUUUAUGCCAGCUGAGGAUUUAAAGAGGAAUAACUUCAGGGCUGUCAAUCUCCAUUAUGACAUGAUCUCUGAAAAGGACAUAAGGCGUUUAAACAUGGACAACAUCACAACUAAUAUCUACAUCGUGAACUCUGUGUGGAUGUUCUCUCUGUAUUGGUGUGUCGGGGUUCAUUCCGUGUCUACUGAUCAGUGCCAAGUAUUUGCUGAAGUGGACAGUCCAGUGUGGCAUAUGAGCCCCAAGAGUUACCUUAUCCUGUGGAUAGCAGUAGAUGUCCUGUCAGCUGUCAUUGUAGUGUUGCUCUUCAUUGUCCAGAGGGUUCGUUUGUAUGGCACAAAAUUCAACCCAGAAACUCUAUCACUGCAGUCAGGACGAACAGACAGCUCUUACGAGGAUAUGUACAAGUCAAAGAACAUGAAACAGAAACUGCUACGCAAUGGAGAUCCCUUUGAAAUAGGCUUGGACCAAUCCAACGGUUCGUUGAACAGUUCGGAGCUUCCUGUGGGCAGUUACUGUCUUCACACCAUGAACGGAAAUGGCGUGACAUCGCAAACCACGGACGAUGCCCCAGUCACGAACACACACCGACCACCUGUGACCAGUCACACAGAAAUUCAUGCAGAUGUCCCGUAAGCUGAUUCCUCCAAUCUUGGCCGGGGUUCACAAUGUCAUGGGCAAAGCCUAAUGUCUGACUUUUCCUGGAACUAAAGGUUUUGAGACCCAAGGAAGAGACAAUCAAGUUCUUGUAUGUGAACUUAACUUUACACACUUGAAAUCCUGAAGGUAUACGGUAUUUCUACAUGACACUUGUGAAAGCAGUUAUUAUGUCAGGUUUUGUUUCAGGGCAUUAGGAAAAUGAUAAAUAAUGUUUUGCCCUGCCACUUGACGUGGUGCGCCAGCUCUGUUCCGUUGCAAUACUGUCCAAAUCAUUCUACAGGUAUCUGCAAAAAUGGCCUAUCUCUUUUGCAUGUUGUUUACUUUUAUUUAUUUUUUUUUUGUUUGCAGCAAUUCACUUUAGCAAAUUGUUUUGGUUUUAUUUUGCAGAUAUUUAGACAAAAAGUUCUAUGUAAACUACAUCUGAUAUAAUCAUUAGAUUAGACAAUAAUUUCUGCAAUGUUCCUGCAGUUUAUAAUCAUUAUAUUCAUAUUAUAAACUGAAGGAUGGGCCACCAGGUUAAUACUGAAAUUCCUUUUAAGUGAAACUUCAGCAGAUAUGAAGUGAAUUUUAUUGAAAUAGGCAGGAUGUGUCAAGUAUGUGAUAUAGGUGUUUGCAAACAUAUGCAUUUCCACAGAUAUGCAGGAUGCACCGUUUUAGUGCCUUGUGUGAUAGUUGCCUGUGUAUGGUGGUGUUGAGAUGCUGAUUACAGGUUACCUGAUUUGUUACCUAUUGAAUGGUGUACAGUUUGUACUGCGGUAAUGACCGGGCAUACUGGGCGACCAGAAAGCUAAUCCCACCAAAGUGUCACAAGUAAAGUUUCCAUGUUUUAUACGGAAACUUUGUGAAGCAAACCUGCUGUUGAAGGAUUUAUGAGAUUCAUUUGAAGCCUUUUUGCUGAUAGUAGUUGCCACAAGACUGUUUUAAGGGAUUUUGUUAUGUCGUGUAUCUAUUCACAUGACUACAUUUAAUACCUGCAGGAGCGUUUUUGAUAUAAAUGAUUUGGAUCGGUACUUAAUGUUGGCAAAUAUCUGUACUUAUAUUAAGUGCAGAUGUGCCAAAAAAAAAAGAAAAAAUGAAUGAACAAGACUGCUUUUCAAAUAUGGCCAAUCAUACAUUCAACUAUAUAUGAAGGGAAACCCUACAGUUAGAUAUACAUGUAGAUUGUAUUAGUCCAGAUUACCGGUCUGUUUUAUUUAAACAUAUUUAUGUGUGUAGCCAAAGACUAGUUUGUGUUGGUUAAAUGUAGUUUCCCGUUUUGAGCAAGUUUUUAAUAAAGAUAAAUGCACAUGCGCAUUCCCUUGUACAGCAACAUGUACAGCUUUAAAUACAUGUAUAAAGCUGUACAUGUAGCUGUACACAUGUAUAAAGCUGUUUACAUGUAGCUGUACACAUGCAUCAGGCUGUACAUGUACAUGUAGCUGUACUGUUGAGUGAUGUAAAAAUUGCUCGAAUUUAUGCCCAAAGAAAGAGUCACUGUGGUACAAGUGUAUAAAUGUUUACAAAUCCGACUUAUAUUAGAAGGAACUGAGAGAAGUAUGGUUGUGAAAAGGUUAAGUUCUACAUGAUUUUAUUCUUAACUGUGAAUUACAUGUAACUGUACACAGUCCACUGAUCUGUCCAUUAUACACUGUUGCCACGUAGAUGAAAUGAUUCUGGACAAGUUGACCUACAUGCAUGCUGAAUAUGAGCGUUGCUGAGGCAUUUGUAACACCAUAAAACUAAGCUGACCUGGGCUCGCUUAAGGGAUUUAAACAUUCAUGAGUGAAGACAGAGAAGACAUUGCGAGGUAUCUUUUUUUUCUGGCUGUGUCUGAAUGAUGAAGAAUUCAUUGAGACUGUUGAUCCCAAGAAUGUCCACACUCACAUCACAAACUGUGAUCAUAAUCAAAUGUAGUAUAAUUUUAGAUUAACGAUAUUCUGUGACACACAAUUUCGUACCACCUAGCUAGAUCACAAUUUAUUGAAAUCAACAAAGUUGUGUCUUUCUUCUUCCUAGAAUUUUGAAGGCUAUUUGCAUCGUUGAAAAGCAACCAUGUGGCAACAUUGCCAUUGUCUUAUGUCUUGUAGCAGGUGGCUUUGCUUGACCUUUCUGUAAACAGAUGAUUGUUGGUAACCACGGCAAAGCCUGAAAGCCAGCCACAGCCCAUGCUGUUACGGCCAAAUGCAUGUGGAAAUAUUUGGGUGUAAUAUGUAUAUCUAGAAAUGAAAACAAGCCAUGUUUUGUUUUAAGAAAUCAUUCUGCAUAACUCCACCAAGAAUGGUAACAUUUCACGUUUGUAUUAAAAUUUGAACAUAAUGUCAGUUUUUGGGGUAAUGCCAGUUAGUCAGAUUUGGCCAUAUUUACCCAAAGGUCAUUAGCUUAUAUCCAAAAUGAUUGGAUAUAUUAUCCCUUAUCCCUGUUCUGAUGACAAUAAUCAUACUGGUGCAAUACUACAUGUAUCUUACACUGGGAGAAUCCCAAGAUAGCUAGAUUCUGGUCAAAUUUGGAAGUUUUCUGUAGACCUUCUAAUGCAUUUUCCCUUCUAAACAGUGAUGGUUAAUACAGAAAAACCGGCUGUCCUUGAUACACAGGACUAGCCUUUUGAGCUUUCAUCCAUGUUUGGUAAGGCCAAUCCUUAUGCAACAAAGGUAAUCAGGUUUAGCUUUUACAUAAAACUGCAUACUGGUACGUGCACACGACUUUUUUUCCAUACAAUAGUGACACAGGUCCAUGUGGUUAAUGAUCAAUUUGUUACCAGUUUACACUCAAAACGUCAUUGCAAAGAAAGGUGUGAACUUAAAAACUUAACACCUUGGGCCUAAAAUUUCUUUGGGUUCAGGAGAUUCCCAAUUGGAUUGACACAGACCUAUGUUUAUCAAAAUACACGCAUGUAUACAGUGAUAAUAAGCGGUUUAUUCAUUUUGUUGAAAUGUCAGUGUUACUCAAGAUACCCGGAUAUAAUAAACAAGUCAAGAGGCAUAAUUCGUUUAUUUGUAGACAUAUUACAAUAUAAUUGAUUAAUGGUGCAUACUGAAUAGCAUAAUCACAAUACUGACACUGGCUGAGGAAACAAACGUGGCAUAAAUGCUGAAGGUUUGCUUUUGUUAUGCGGAGAUAUUCUGCGAUUGUUAAGGAAUUCCCUGUAUGAUUUUGUAAUUUCUGUUUAUUUAAUUUGAAAGCAGAGAGAAUAAUUUUGUACAUAUUAGUCAGUAUUCAAAAUAUUUAGUAUUUGGUAUUUAGUAUGACAAGUAUUUGGCUUGUCAUAUGUAUGCAGCUGACUGAUAUACUUUCAGAAAUUUUGUAGUACACGUAUUUCCAAAAUUGAAAAGUCUUGGAGGCUUGAACAAGUAUUACUUGACCCAAAUAGAAGCCUGGAAGCAUUUUGAACGUAUUCAUGUUUGCUCGCGUGAAUACGAGAAAUGACAGGUGUUGUGUUGUCAUUUUAAUGUUAACUUUCAAAAAUGUAUUUAUUUAGCUUUAUUAUAUACGUCAUGUGUAUAUAUAUUUUACUCUAUCAAUAAGAGUUUAAUUUGUACCGCCAUACAAAUGUUGUGUUUAUUAGCAUUUAUUUCUCCAUUUUCGGCACGUAAAAAUGUGUAAUACAUCUGCUCUGUGAUGGAAACUUGGUCAAUUUGUCUGAGUAUUGGAGGGCAAUCUUGUGCAAUGUUCAAAUUCUUUAGUCACAGAAUUCCAUGUCAUAAUUAUGUAUAUUUGUAUACCCCCCAGCUCCUGAUUGUAAAUGUAUUAAACUUAGCGUGAAAUCCCAGUAGAUUAUUAUCUUUUUCACAAAGACCUACUAUAUUAUCAAGAGGAGUUUAUUUAAUUGGCGAGUUUUGUGUAUGUGACAUCACUGUCUUGUUAAAGCCGAACGAGAGCUGAUGUGGUUUUGUUAGAGACCAAAUUAACUUUGGGUUGUGUGAGCUGUGUUCCAAAAACGGUCGGCUGCUGAAAAGGAGGUCAGUGUGCCAACCCUGAUUUAACACAUCAUAUUACCAAUAUAUUUGUAUAUACGCGUAUAUCAUAUUUGUUCGUGUCAAGUGUAAUACAUUGCUACUACGAUUAGCGUCAAUGCUGUAAUAAAUUUAAUUUUGUAAAUUCAUUCUUGUCAAUAGCGAAUGGAGACAUCGUUAAGUGUAACGGUAUAAUAGAUGCUGUUUUUCAGUAUGGCGCCCAGCUCAUAUUAUUGAUACAUUAUUGCCCUGUGAUAAUGAUGGGUUUUGAUGUGACUAUUUUGGAAAGCCUUUAAAAGGGAUAGGUUGUAAUGUGCUUCGCUUAGGUUAAAGUAGGAUGUGUGUGUAUUACGCUGCGGAAUCUAUCUACAUGCAUUUUAUGUUAUGUCCACUAAAUAUAUAUUGGUUGCCAUAGGUUAAUGUAAGCUGGUGUGACUCGUGCAACGUCAUUCACGUGACGUGGCAUGACGUGUAUUCACGUCAGCUAAGACUAACGUAUUCGGUUCAGGAUAUAGGAAGGUUUGUCACGUUCCCACGUUGAAGGUUUGUUACGUUAUUGACAAGUAAUUUUAGGUUACCACAAGUGAGGUUCUUUUGUGCGUGUUUUCACACUUAAGCAGUUGGUUAAAUUUUGAAAUGUGUUUUUUAUUCUGUGAAGCAAGCCCUCUGGUACCACACAUUCCGUGCCUAUUUCACACUGCAUCUUUGACGCUCUUUUUGACAGCACUCUCAGAAGUGUCCGUCAGCGAUUGUGAUAUAAAUACUACGUAAACUAUUCACAAAUUUCUAUCUAUAUACGUUUAAAUGUCUAUACAUGUUUCUCU